AUGGCAAAGCAUAGCGCAACCAAAGCCCGUCCACCACAACAGCCCUCUCAGGCACAACGGCAAGAGUCAGAAUCUGGCACCGACCAUGACCAUGACCAUGACGACACUAUCGACCACGACCACGACCAAGAGGACAACGAGAACGACAAUGACAACGACAAUGACAACGACCAAGAAGACAACGAUACCCAGCAACAGCAAGCGGACGGAUCAGCACCCAUCAAGCGCAAACGCCUCACACAGGCAUGCGAUCCCUGUCGAAAGAAAAAGAUCAAGUGUGAUGGCCUCAAACCCAGUUGUGCAAACUGCGCAAAGCUGGAGCUGCAGUGCACCUAUCUUCCGUCACUCAAGAAGCGUGGCCCGCGCCAGGGGUAUAUCGAACUGCUUGAGAAGCGGCUCGACAAGAUGGAAAAGAUGCUCCAACACGGCCCAGGGGCCAUUGACCCGGACAUGCUCGACCCUCCCUCGGGCCACCGCCCUGGUGCAGACGCAACCAACAACGACGGCAUUAAUUCGGAUAAACGGACCGGUGAUCACCGAUACUUUGGCAACACCUCUGCUCUUUCACAAUAUCAUGAGCUUAAGACAACCCCGCCUGCCUCACUCACAGGAACCACUGCAGGAGCACAGAUCAGAUCCAAGCGACCCAUCUACGGCAUUAGGGACGAAAUCCCCCGCAAGGACAUUCUCGACCAUCUCGUCACUCUCUUCUUCGACUCGGUCUACUACCAAUUCCCCAUCAUCCACCCCGAUACCUUUAUGAAGCAAUACAGAGAAGGCAAGGUCUCGCCCAACCUCCUCAACGCCAUCUGCGCCGGUGUCGCCCGCUUCUCCAACCACCCCGACGUUGUCACCACUCCCGCCUUCCUCGCUGGAGAGCCCUUUGCCACUAACGUUCGCAGCGCCGUCAUUGACUCAAUUGAUAUACCCACCGUCUCCAACGUCCAGGCGCUCUUGUUUCUCUCCAUGUACGAGUACGGCGCCGCACGAGGACCCCGCGCUUGGAUGUAUGGCGGCAUGGCCAUUCGAAUGGCUCUCGAACUCGGACUCAACCGCGAGGAUAGUAGCCCAGUCUUUUACCUCAAGGGCGACUGGGUCAUGCGGGAGACGCGCCGAAGGGCUUUCUGGGCUUGCUUCAUCAUGGACGUCCUUGCCUCGUCUUCUUCAGGUCGCCCCAGGAUGAUGGACGAAAGAGACUGUGAGGUCUUGUUGCCGAGUGAGGACAAUGCCUGGCAUGAGGCUCGACCCGUCGUCACCGAGAUGCUCCAGGAGGACGAGGAACCCACUUCAGCUACCUCUGAGGGCUCGUCGUGCAAAUCCGCUGCCAUGGAUCUGGGCAAGGACGACCUGCCUGGCGAGGACCUCUCUGGCAAUGAGCGCCGUGAUUCAACUACUAAUGGGGACUCCUCUCAUAAGGUUUCUUCGUUGAGCUCGUUCGCCUAUCUGAUCAGGAUUCUGGCGGUCCUCGGCAAGGUCUCGCAGUACGUCAAUCGACCCAGAGCCAAGAGGUCAAUUCCACCCAACGAGCCUGGAUCCGAGUUCUCUGUCAUCAAUGCCGCUUUGGACGCCUGGCUGAGCUCUGUUCCUUCUCACCAUACCUACUCGGUCGAGAACGCCAACAGAGUCAGGGACAAGGGUGAGGGCUGCAUGAUUGUCUUUAUGCACGUCAUCUAUCACACGUCGGUCGUCCUGCUCCACCGACCUAUCCUCGCGGCUGAGAAGGCCAGUUUUCCGAUUGAUUCCAACUUUGUCGAAACCUCAGUCGCACGGUGUGCGGAGGCAGCCAGCAAGGUCUCUGAGGUCUUGGAUUUCGUCAGCAACCAAUCCUGCCCUCCCCGCGUCUUUAUUUCUUCCUUCUUCGCCUACCCUGUCUUUACUACCGCCACUAUUCACAUCACGAACGCGUUUGCGUCGGAUCCUGUGAUUGCAGCAAGAGCGCGGAGGAAUCUCAGCACGCACGUCAAGAUUUUGCAGACCAUGAAGUCGUACUGGGCGAUGGCGGACAAGUUCUUCUACAUCAUUCGCGACCUCUAUUCGAUUCAGUCCAAGAUCAGCUCUUCAGCAGUGAACGGCACCAUUGUCGUCCCUCAAGUCGUCUCGCACAACGCUCAUGGAUUGCACGACUAUGCCUCCGAUAGUGCGGUCGCUGCGCUCAAGGCCAAGGAGAAGAUCAUGGAUGUUGACCGUCAAGGACGCAUUGGGGUGGAUCGGACUGAGGCCGAGGCCGCUCAGGGCGGCGUGAUGGAGGGGCACACUUCAGCACCCAAGAUGGUUGUCAACAGCAAGCUGGCCUCGAUCAGCUCGUUCCUCAAGAGCGACUCGGGUCUGAUUGCUUUGUGGCGACGCGCUACGGAGAUGCAGGUUAUCGACGAGGCCAACCAGGAAAAGCGUCGGUUGUCAGAGACGACGGAGAAUUCCCGCAAAGUUCAGCAUAUCUCGAUCCAGGACGAGAAGGAGCAGGGCAUGGAGGAGAAGGAGCUGAUGGAGCAGCGCAUCCGAAUGAACCAGCUUGAGAUUCAAGAAAUCAACCAGGAGUUUGAGCGUCAGUGGAAGGCCAAGCUCCUGGCCGAGGAACAACAAAAACAGCAGCAGCAGCAACAGUCGACGGCUUCCAGCGACAGCACUAGCGUCUCUGUCGAAUCUCAGGCGGAUGGUCAGGAUCAGACACAGUCAGGAGAAGUCUCGCCUACGGAGAAGCGGCCGACAGAAGCGAAUGAGUUGGCGAACCCACGGGCAGUUAAGCAGGCAAGAGUCAGCAAGCCCGAAACGACCCUCACCUCACUACGCGCCUCUCAGCGCAAGCCUCGAUCCAACUCGAACUCGAGUUCCAACUCCAACACGACCAACACGACCAGCCCAAUCACCACAACCAGCCUAAUCACCACGCCCUGGCCAAGUAUGGACCACAAUCAGGCACAAUCCGGUCCACAGCCUGGUUCGCAUGCCCUGUCAACAGCCGAUGGAAAUCUGAUGUAUCGCCAACCCAUUGCCCAGCCACCACAGUCGAUUCCUAGUCAAGGCAACUUUAUGAUGGCACAGCAGCAGCAACAGCCCGUGAUAUCUGCGCCCAACGCGUCCUUGAUGACUGCAGCAGGACGUCCCGCCGAUGUGAAUCAACAUUUGCUCAACGUGUACGCCCAGCAGCAUCAACAGCAGGAAGCGGUUUCACAGUCGAUCGACAUGCGACAAAACGCGACUAUCCAGAGGCAACAGCAACAACUCCAACAACAACAAGCUCAAGCUCAGAUGACGUCCUCCCUUUCUCUGGGACCACCUGGCGGCUUUACCUCUGAGUAUGCACCCACACCCACCAUGGCUCCACAACAGCCUUCACCUAUGACCCAGUUCCGCCAGCACCAACAGCUGCAUCAGCGUUACCAGCAUCAACAACAGCCACAGCCACAGCAUCAGACCUCGGCAGCAGGAUUCUCUAGCCCAGGCUAUUAUCCGCCCCUUGUCUAUGGAAGCAGCUACAGUCACCAGACGGCGGCGUAUCUGCAGAAGGAGCCUGUUGAUUCAAUCUUUGAUUUUGCGAUGCCGCUCGGAGAUUUGAACUUUUUGUCGAGCUCGUUCCAGAUGGCGCCGAUGAUGAUGCAGCAGACCCCUGCUACCCCUGCGACCAGCGGUAGUAACGCCUUUAUACAGCAGACCACGACCAUCAACAACUUGCCUCCUGGUUCUCUGGCUUCUCAGAGUCGGAUACAGCAACAGCCACAGCAGCAACAGCAAACAAUGAGUGUGAGUAGUACUUCAACCACAACAACCAGCAACGGAUCGCCAUCACUGCAAGUCCCCCGACUCGACGCCAACAACGAAUCAAACGGCCAAGGAGGCCGCCCUCCUGCAGAUUCCAAGAGCCCACAGACCACAACCCAGAUCUCGCCCGGUUUAGAUUCAUUCAUGAUGUCGGACGAGGCCUUUGCCGAGAUGCAGUCCACACCUGAUUCGUUGGUUCGGUACCUCCAGCACCACCACCAGCAGCAGCAACAACAGGAUCUGCAGUUGCAGCCCAAAGAUAAUCGGCAGCCGCUUUUGACACAGCAGAAUUCGUUGUUGUAUGAUGACUAUUUCCAGUGGAAUCAGCCGCCUACUGUUGCACCUUCCCUUCAGCAGCCCCAUCAGCAACAUGCUCAGCAGGUUCAGCAGGUUCAACAGCCGAUGAGUAUGGAUAUGGACACACCGGGCAUCUCAGGCAGGGUUGUUGCCCACUCUUCCAUCCCUUCCUUCUCUUAG